CUUGGAAUGGGCGGGUGCACGGCGUUAUGGUUCGUGCUCUCGAAUCACUCUUCGACGUGUAAGGCUGAGGCUGGGAUCGGACUGGGCGGAGCUCUCAAGCUCGGAGAUGGAUACCUGGAUGAUGCAUCGGAGAGACGAACGGUCUUGGAUUACGGACUACGGGACUCUCAGGGUGGUCGUAUCAUAGGGCUAAGGCACCAUCUAUAGUCACUGUGUUAUAUUGUCCGUCGGCAUCUCAGACCUGCACGUCACUAGUCACUACUCGCCAUGAUCUAUGGGGAUGGUUUCUUGCGGAUAGAGAGGCCAUUCUUUUCGAGCUGCAGAGUCGGAGUAGAAUUGGAGGGCUACCCUCGGACUGAACUUCUUCUUCCUUACUGUCGCUAGGAAUUUUGAGUAUCUAUCUCUUUUUCACCCAUGGCUUCGGCUCAGUCGAUAUUGUUUGCAUCCACUUCUGGUGCCCUAAUCGACCUCGACCUCGACCUCGAAGUCCUCCGACCAUUCCUCGACUUUCAUAUCCGGUUGCUUGAACUUGAAGUAGCUUUUUCUGGGCUUGGUGGGAUCCUCAGCGUUGCCGGAAAUGCGGUGAGAUUCGCAUUACAUUUCUGCAAUCAUGCUUCGUCUUCGUCUUUCAAGUCCCCGCCCGAGACUUGGCCGCCUUUAGACGACUACGCAUUCUAUCUUGCUUGGGCGGGCUCCAAGCCCUGCGCUGUGCUCUUUGAAUUCUUGCGAGGAGAGCGUCCUCGAAAACACCCUAAAAUCGACAGCUCUACCGUGCGUACGCCCGGAGCUGUCGUUCAUGAUGUAGGAGGAACGGACGAGAACGCUUUAGAGGCUCUGAAAGCAAAUCUGGCGACCAUGCCCUGCGACAUAAUUUUCGAGAUAUGCAAGUAUGGGACUCCAGAGAUGUUGCUCAGCCUUGCGCGCACGUGUAAGGCUUUGCGAGAGUUCUUAAUGUCGAAAACGAGUGUCACUAUCUGGGGGAGUGCCAGGGAGAGAGAGGUGCCGCCUAUUCCCAAGCCGCCUGCCGGUUACUCUGAGCCAUCCAUGGCCGCCCUUAUAUACGACGAAUGUUGCUUCAAAUGUGGACAAUACCAUGGUGACCAUGCUUCUUGGGGGAUCAUGCGUCGUAUUUGCUACGGCUGUCGUCAAAACCAUCUCAUCUACGACAGAUCUUAUGGGCGCAAGGAUAAUCGUGACUUCAAAAAUAUCGCCUUGGCCCUGGUCCCACGCAGUGACAUAGACAGGGGGGCUCGCCCAUUCUGCUUGCCCGAAGAUGUAGAUAAGGUUUCUGCCCUCCUCUCGGAAUAUGCACAAGCUAUCGUUAUGGGGAAGAGGGGUGCCCAGCAAGCGUUAAAUAAAUUCCUCAACGAGAGGCGAAAGGUCCCUGAAUUAUCAUUCAAUAUGGAACAGGACAUGAUAGCGUGGUAUCAAGACCAUUGGGAUCUUAUUCGGAGAACCAGACAUCACGAUAUUUUCAAGCGACUUAGACGAGAAGGCUUUGAAUUUGACGAGUUGUCGACAAUUGAGUUUCAACGCAUUCCUUGUGUAAUGGCACAUCAUCUGUUAUCUGACGAAGAGUGGGUCCGAAUCCGUCCGGAGCUUCACUCGCAUCUCGUCGGCGAACGGCGCCGGCGAGCUCAAGCCCAGAAUGCGAAAAACAUGAAAAACGGAUAUAACUGGUUGCGCCGACAGAAGGUCCGUCCAUUGGACUGGUACUGGUUUCCCUCCCCCGAACAAUUCAUCGAAUCUUGCGAGCUCGAGGGGAUGCCCAACCAAAUUCACGUUGCAGUUCCAGAGCUAUGCGUCGAAGAUCAGGUAGCCAGCAUUAUCAGCAACCUGAGGGAUUGGGUCGCAACCCACGUAUGCAGGAACAAAGAUGGAAUCCCGAAGCUCUAUGAGCAACGAGGAUGGCCAAUCGAGAAACUAGGCAUCGUCGAAGGGAGAGCCGGCCUUCGCAGCUUUGUUCUUGACGCAGCUAGGUUCAUCAAUCUCAACCUUGGUCCUCUCGAGCUCGCGACUUUGGUGUUCCAGACUCGUUCGGGGGAAACACUGAUAGGAAGGGAUGUGUGCUAUACAUGGAAACAUCCCAGCAUUGGCGUACAUUUUUCCGAGGCGGGGACGGCCUCGGCAAAGACGGUGGUGGAACUUGCGAAGGAACUGCAGGAUACGACAGCGGAAAAGAUGGACGAAAAGGACCAUCGGUUUGUGUGCACAAACUGCCGUAGGGCCAAGCGCGGCCCUUCGCGAGAGGUGAAGGCACAUACAUGGAGAACUUCUGUCCAGCAUGACGUAUCGGCGAAACAUACCAGGCCUAGAUGGCGUCUACUUCGUCAGAAAGAGGCGAAUGCUGUCAAGGCCAGGGAAAGCACGCUCGCGUCUUCGGAGUAUGUUCACACAGCUAAGUGGUACUGCCAACACUGUUGUGAUAAACCUGCAUCUACCUUACCGGGUUCGGCCACGCCAACAAAUAUUGGCGAUGACGCCCGUGCCGGCUGGACAUACGAUGGAGUAAUGCAGCAUGUCAUCGACGCACACGAAAUCGCGCAACCGGCUUAUUGGAAGGAUUACGUUUAUUUUUCCUCGCACGAACGGAUGCCGCUUAGGACUCCCCUCGAGCUGGUCGACUACGAAGUCGCUCCAGGGGCCUGA